GAAAAUUGUGGAGUUUAGAGUGAAAUUAGGAAAUGCAGGGAGAGUACAUUAGGGUUUCUGAAAAUGGACUCUUCUGAAUCUACCAUACCCUCCGAAGGGGACGCUACUGAAACUGUUCCCGUCCAAGACUCUCCUGUCUUCAGUUACAUUAGUAACCUUUCUCCCAUACAGCCUGUUAAGGAACCUGCAGGUUCUCAAGGCUUUACCGCACUUAAUUCUCCUCCCAUUGUAUUCACAUCACCAAGACUCGAUCCUCACAGCCAGUCAAGUAUACUCAAAAGCUCACAAUUUCCUCUAUUACCGAGUGCAAAGUUAUCUGGACAGGAUGGAGGCUGCAGGAUUAGUAUCGCUGCUGCUGAAAGUUCUCAGAAACUGGAUACCCAGCUGGGUGGUGGAUUAAAUACUUGCCUGGAGAAAGGUUUAGAUAGUAGCAGACCCUUGGAUGGCCAAACUGAAAGUCCCAUAGGAUGUGCUGAGCAGUUCCUGGCUGAUGUGUGCAUGGACUCUUUUAAUUCUAAUGUUUCAGCAGAUUCCAGUUUGAAAUACUCUUACAACAUUGAUCAGCCACCAGUUAAAGUAACUAACUCAAAGGAAUCUGCUGGGAAACUUGAAUACAAAAGCGAUUUAAGAGGAAAUGAGGAGUACACAGAUGUUGCACCUUCUUCCAUGACAAAGCAAACAGACCAGACACAUGAAAGGGAUGCAUCAGUCGAUAGGAGGGCAAUAGAAAUAGGUAUGACGUCCAAAGAUGGUGAUUUAAGAGUUGAUCAUUGUGAAAAGUUUGAAUCCAAUUUGUCAGAGAAACUCGCUUUGACCAGCAAGCAUCCGGAAAAUUUUAUGACCGAGACUGCAGAAGCCAGGCAAAUAGGUCAUGUGGAUGAUUCCUCUUAUUUGCUCUCAAAAUCUGCACAGAUUUAUGAAGGGAAUGAAAACUUUGUAGAAACUACUGGAGCCAUGGCUGAAAUAGUUCAGAAAGAAGUGCAGAAUCAUCCCAUGGCUGCUCAACACGGUGGCUUGCCUGUACGUUGUCUCCAUUUUGAAGAUGCUCAGCAGAAAGUAAUAACAAAUAGGCAUGUAGAUACUUUAGGCAUUGAGAAUAGUUCAAGGCCACUUGCCUCUUCUGCAGAUAGAGAGGGCCCCAAAUCACUAUCCUUGGAGACACCACCACCUUCCAUUAGUCAAGCUGGCAUGGCACACAUAGUUUAUGCUAGAAAUAGAGGGAAUUAUAGCAUAAAAGUUCCAAUGCCUUUAGGUAUUGGUUUGCACCUAAAUAGCAUUGUCAGUACCAUGCAAGUUGGAGCUGGAGAAACUAUAAUUGUGAGAUCAUCUGAAAAGGGUAAUUUUAGUAUACGGGAUGAGCAACAAGUGACUCCUGUGAGCUCUCAUCUACCGGACAACUCAAAUAACUCUACAUUUUUGUCUGUGUCGGAGAGUGUUCUUGGAAGCGCUAAUGACAGUACGUGUGACGAUCAUGCCUCGGUGGCAGCUAAUUCUGCUACUUUGUCCACUUAUGACAUGGAACCUUUGGACAACACUGUGGUCUGUAAUCUAAUCCAGGAUCAAUCAGCUCCAGUUAACAAGAGGAAGUAUAACACUGGAAAUGCUGAUGAUACAGAGGAGUUUAACAAGUCAAGCCCCAAAAGGAAUAGGAAGAAAACAUCCGAGUCGAAUGAUGAUUACAGUUGCAAACGUUGCAAUUGCAAGAAGUCUAAAUGCUUGAAGCUUUACUGCGAUUGCUUUGCUGCUGGAAUAUAUUGUGCGGAACCCUGUUCUUGCCAAGGAUGCUUCAACAGACCUGAAUAUGAGGAUACGGUUCUAGAGAUACGCCAACAAAUUGAAUCUCGCAAUCCUCUGGCCUUUGCUCCAAAGAUUGUACAGAACUUCCAUGAACCACCUUCAAGCAUUUGUGGGGAAAACGAGACUCCUUUAUCGAAGUCCUCCGGAAGGCACAAAAGAGGGUGCAAUUGCAAGAAGUCGAUGUGCCUCAAAAAGUACUGUGAGUGCUAUCAGGCAAAAGUUGGUUGUUCUGAUGGAUGCCGAUGCGAAGGAUGUAAAAAUGUCUAUGGCCAAAAGGGAGAAUAUGGCAUGAAUAAGGAUGCGGGCAUGCAAUGUACUGAAGAAACAACAGAUGGCUCUUUUGUUGAAAAACUAGAAAUUGUGGGGUCUGGAAAUGUUUUACAUAAUACUGAGCUAUGCAAUCCUCAUAAUUUGAUGCCAGUGACACCAUCAUUCCAAUACUCGGAUCAGGGAAAGGGUACAUCAAAAGCCUGGUUCCCUUCUGGAAAAUACUUUCAGUCACCAGAAUCUGGUCCCACCUUCAGGGCAUCAUGCAUCAGGUUCCCGAGGUCUCCUAGAAAUUCAGAUAAUCCUGAUAUGAUCUCAGAAAAUAUUAAAGAGCUGGAUCUAGUUUCUUUUGAUCAUGAACUAGAAUACCACAAAACAGGAGCGGUGAAUGACUUCUCAUCCGGGUACCAUGGACAUGGCAAUAUGGAGCUUCUGGCCGCUCCACCAAAUGCACAAGAAUGGGAAAAUAAUUUUAAAGUUCAACCCUUUUCUGAAAGUGGACAUUUUUCUUCAGCAAGUUCCCUACGUUGGCGUGGUUCACCUAUCACCCCUAUGGCUCAGUUUAGUGGGAGUAAACUUCCACAAGCCUUUGACUUUUAUGAUGAUUUACACAAUGUUAUGGAUGAUGACACACCAGAGAUACUGAAGGACACUCCUUGCCCACUCAAUGCUGCGAAAGUAAGCUCUCCAAAUAAGAAGCGAGUUUCUCCACCUCAUGGUCAUACAUGUGAGUUGGGUUCAAGCUCAUCAGCAGGCGUGAGAAUUGCUCGCAAGUUCAUAUUGCAAGCCGUUCCCUCAUUCCCACCUCUUACACCAUGCGUUGAAUCUAAAAACAGUGGACAAGAGAAGACAUAAUCUGCAGAGUUGUAGCAGUAGUACAUGACAUAAAUAAUGAGGGAGACAUUAUCAAGAACAAGGAAAAAACAAGUUCGUAAUCCUGCUGUUUAGAUGUCGCUUUCAGAAAUCGAAGUUGCAAUGGUUUUGAAGGCUUCACAUACGAAGACGGAAGAAAGCCUUCAGUAGAACGAGACGUCUGUCCAACUCCCUUCACGUUCAUUGCUUUAGAUGCUGCACAUCACUAUACUUCGUUGGUUGGAGAAAAACAGAAACAAGUUGCCAUUUUCAAUUUUCCAUGACGAAGAAUGCCAUGUUCGGUUGCGAGAGACUCAUCUUUUAUGUUUGAUUUUCGACCUCUUAAUGACAUCACAGAUGAUCUUUUUGACAGUGCUGCACUUUUUUACUUCCCAUCUUCUCAUAUAGUUAUCUUUUAGAAAAUAAGAAGUUGAAAAUGGUUAUUGCUUGCCUCGAACGCUCUUUUGGGGCUUUUAAUCAUUGCUCUCCAAGUUGCCUUAUUGACUUCAAGAUGUAAGUUAGAAUGAAACAUUGAUUAAUAUGUUGCACUGAAAAGUAUAUUUAUAACCUAUGAUGCUCGGACUCGAGUAUGGGUGUGUA